AUGGUAGCCCAGCUGUCUACCGAACAGCAGAAACGUCUCGAUGAUGGAGAAACACUCCUACGAGAAUAUCAGUCUUCAAAGAAGUUACACACACUCAAUGGCGUUCAAUUCCACGAAAUAAUUGUCUCUCAGGUGGCCAAAUUUGUCUGUGGUCGUCGUGCCGGACCUCAAAAGGACUUAGCUCCUACCUAUAGGCAAUGGAUGAUAGAUGCUAGAGCAGUAGCCGAAAUGGUUUGUCAUAAACUCACAAGGUUAGCUACGGACGAACUCCAGAUACAUCAAUCUGGCGCAAAUCCCAGCAUCGACCUGUCCGUAUCUCCUAUCGCAGACGCAAAAGAACACGUUUUUGUACUCCGCCAUAAAACCAAGAGACUGGUCAUCUCCCCUAGGGUCAAGAAGGAUCUGCUGGAUUUAGGCAUAACUAGGUUUCUGAAGUAUUAUUACUGUCAUUCAAUUGAUGUGAACUCGUGGAUCUGUAUUGAAAAUCAUAAAGCGCUUACGAGGAAGAAGGAACAAAUGGAGAAUGAGUUGAUUCUGGCCAGUGCGAUGAAUAAGAAAUUACACAUGUGA